AUGGUGGCUUGACGCCACUGAUCACGUGCCUGCUUCCUAGAUAGCUUCGUCUUCCGCUAGCUAGCUCCUACGAAUCGACACACACACACACACACACAGACACACAUCUCACGAUGUCUCCUUUCUCGCACGGCUUUCAUGCCGAUAAGUCCGAAGGCUGCCCAGUGCCGGGGCCUUCUCCCGACCAGUAAUUUUGACACGGUGGAUAUUGGGGCUGGACCAGGGCACUUUUAGCUUGGGACUAGCCGCUUUAGCCAAGGGUAAAUUUAGAUCCAACCCUGUUGCCCCUGACCAGGCGCCCGCCGCCGAAGCCACAGUUUAAAACUGGAGUGUUCCCUGUCGCCUCGUCUUUCCAAGGUGGAGGCAGCGAAAACUGUAAGAACUGGACAAAAUGGGCCAACUUACGCGUCAUUUCAACUUCUGGACAGCAGCCUUGCUCUCCGCCUCUGCUGCGGCUGAAGGAUCGAUUCCUCUUGUCAAGAGAGAUCAUCCCGCUGUGAUCUCUGCGAAAUUGCAUGCGGCUCCAGCCAAGCCGAUCCCCGCGCUGCAAGCCAGGGAUACAAUCUCAGCGCCAGCCUUGAAGGACCUGGUAUGCGCUCACAUUCUGUCUCAAAUAUUCACUUUCUGACCAGACAGGGCGGCUACAACCUUAAUGUGUCGAUCGGAACGCCCCCGCAAUCACUGGCCUUGCUGGUGGACGCCCAGGCUACAGGCAUUCAUGUUCUGUACCCUGGCGCCGACAGCAUGGCAUGUUCCGAAGAACGUUAUUGUUCGUUCUAUGGACAGUUUGACCCUCGCGGCUCAUCUUCUUUCGCUUCGGAUGAAGAAGAUUGGCGAGAAAGCCGCCCCGAAUCAUUCACCGGCCUGGACACACUAACACUCGGAGAUUCAAAAGUCACCAAUGUCUCUCUGGGACUUGUCACUGUGGAUGGCAUCUCUAGCUACAGCUCCAUUGGCAUCGGCCCACACAACACCAGCUUCGUUUACCAGCUCGUCGACCGCGGCCUGAUUAGCACCCCAUCAUUCAGUAUGUGGCGCGACCCCGUCGCAGAGGUGGAUGUGGAAGCAGACCCAAACGACACUCCUGGCGGUAUAAUCUUCGGCGGCAUCAACGCCGCCAAGUUCAAUGGUCCUCUCCACGCCUUCUCAUUUAAUGGUUCUGUCCCAACCAUGACCGUCCCCGUACGCGGUGUCCAAGUCCACGUGGAUCCUGCCGCCAGCUUUGUAUCCACAGCAAAUGCUAGCACCACAGGUACUACCCCGAUAAAUGCCACCUUUGACGAAACUCCCUUCGAUCUCCAAACCAGAUAUGUCACGUCGUACUUUCCGCACGAUACCGCAACGGCCAUCUACGCCGCCCUCAACAUGACAACCACCCGCCGCGACGAUGGGUACUACCCUCCCCCGGAAAUCCCCUGCAGCCGCAGCUCCGAGAACCACACCAUCACCUUCCUCAUUGGCUCUGCGUCAUUUGAAAUCCCUUGGACCGCCUUUCUCACCUCUACCAACAUCCCCAGUAACGGACAAUGCUAUUUUCAAAUCCAAAUCCGCACCGAGGACACCGAGUCCCCAUCUCCCUACAAGGGAACAUUGGGGAGCACGAUCCUGAGCUAUUUGUACAUGGCCGUCGACUACAACAGCAUGAUGGUGGGGCUUGCGCCCGUCAACCAAAAUCCUGGUAACGAUGAGAUCCUGGAGAUUGGAACCGAGGCGCCGCAGCUCCCCGGUGCCGAGGGUGAUUUCCCCGAGACGGUUUCGGCCUAUACCCCCGCGCCGACGACCGAGACGGUGGCGACUGAGACUUCGGACGGGUGGGCGGCGUCUAUGAGGACUGCUGCGCCGGGUGUGUUGCCUGCCGUUGCGGGCGCUGUCUUGUUUGGGUUGAUUUAGGUUUGUGGGGCUUUGUAUAUUAGAAUUCUCCUGUACAUAUAAUGCUUUGUGAAGCCGUGCUGGCUGUUCAAGUGUAUAUAUAUUGGCUGCUGUAGUAAAGAAAAACAGGCUGGACAACCUGGCGCAAUUGUUCAAUGAAAAUGUGUCGCGUCCAGCAUCUAUAUCCCCCCGGACAUCAUAGUACAGGA